CAAAACCCCCCAGGCUAGGGCUUGGGUUCUUCUGCAACCUGCCAGUGUUCCAAGGAUCUCCAAAAUACAGAGUACAAUACCGGAAUACCCCAUUCAUCCAUCCACUAAGUCUGAACUUGUCACUUAUUCUCCAGACGCUCCGCACUUGCUCCAGAAUCGUUUUUUCCCCACUGCCCCAGAUUCCUAUUCCCCGGCUUGUCAAAUCCUCCUCCAUCUGAAUUGCCAUCGGCCAUAAUCCGAAGGGGGGGCGGCUACCAUGGUCACAUACACACACACCUCGGUCCAUCAGUCUGCGAAUCCUCUCGCCUUUCAUAAUGUUCAAUGAUCCAUACAUAUAUCCUCGAGACCUCAUGCGAGAUCUCUGUCUAGUGUCGACCUGACGACCUUCCCAUACCUCCCCCAAUUAGUCCAACAUGGCUGGUUGGUAUGCUUUGGGCGUCGCCCUUUUCGCAGCGAUAGGAACAUUCCUUUUUGGUUUCGACACAGGCAUUGCCACUACAACGAUUGCUCAUCAAAGUUGGAUUGAUUACAUGGACCAUCCAUCAAAUGGUCUGACAGGAGCGGUCGUCGCCGUCUACAUCGCCGGAGAAGCCGUCGGCGCUCUCACUCAGACACUCAUUGCCGAUAAACUAGGCCGUCUCCGGUUUAUGGAAUUGAUGUGCAUUAUCGUCACAAUAGGGACUGUUGUGCAAACCGCCUCUGUGAAUAUCGGGAUGUUUCUUGCUGGUCGUUUUUUGGCCGGAUACGCGGUUGGAGGAAUGGUUGCUACUGUUCCAAUCUAUCUUAGCGAAAUUUCAGACCCACGCUACCGUGGUCUCAUCGGAGGAAUCUCUGGUUGCGGUAUCUCUUUUGGAACGAUGACUUCAAACUGGGUGGGAUACGCCUGCAGCUUUGCUCCCUACGGUCCGACACAGUGGAGACUUCCUCUUGGAAUCCAAAUUCCUUGGGGUAUCAUCAUGUUCUGUGGUCUAGUCACCUUCAUGCCGGACUCUCCACGCCACUUGAUUCGAAAUGGUAAGGUUGAGGAGGCGCGAAAACAAUUCAGCCGAAUUCGCCGGGAUCUAGAUUCGCACGACAUGCGCCAGGAAUUUGCACACAUGCAAGCACAAAUUGAAUAUGAAAAGGAGAGAGAGAUUACCUCCUAUAGGGAGAUCUUCAGGCUAUUCAGGCAUCGUGUCCUAGUGUCGAUUGCCGUCCAGACCAUGACUAGUCUUACCGGUGUGAAUGUGAUUCAGUACUAUCAAACGAUUCUAUACAAGUCGUUGGGCAUUGAAACCCAUACUAUUCUUGCCUUGGCAGCUGUCUAUGGUUCAGUGGCUUUCGUUUCCAAUGCCCUUACAACAAGAUACUUGACUGAUCAAUGGGGCCGUCGAAAGAUGAUUCUUACUGGCUUGGGCGGUAUUGUUCUCGUCGAGAUAUACGCCGCCGUCAUGCAACGCGAGUUCCAAAACACAGAUAACCAAGUUGGCAAAGGCUUUGCAAUUCUGGGUAUCUACCUUUUUGUGGUGACCUACUAUGGUAUGCUUAACAGUACCACCUGGCUGUAUGGUGCAGAAGUUCUCCCAAUUGCUCUCCGAAGCAAGAUCAUGGGACUGGCAGCGGCUUCUCAUUUCAUCGUCAACGUUGCAGUCACCGAAGCCGGUCCAAGUGCAUUCGCCAACAUCCAUGAAAAUUAUUACUACGUGUUUGUAGUGUGCACAUUUUUCUUCCUCGUCGUCGCCUACUUCUAUUUCCCUGAAACCAAGCAAAAAACCCUCGAAGAAAUUGCUGCCUCUUUUGGCGACAGGGUCAUUGCCCCUGAGGAUGCAGAUCCAGAUACCAAGCCUAGCUCGCAGCGGAUCGAAGUCGUAUCAGAAGACUAACUAAUGAAGUCGCGCCUCCCCAAAUUCCAAUCGUUAGCCCAUGUACGUACAUACUUACAUACUUCGUUGCCGUGCUUGAUGAAAUAUGAAUCAAUUUAACCCUCCUGUCAACACGACCGGGUCGGAUGAGCGCUUGGUCCAAUUUGUCGAUAUGGUCUGUGGUCAUGGUGAGCGCUCGGUUCUCCUGAGAAUUGACUCCAUCGAGAACAUUCAGAACGCCGGAAAAGGCCAGGCCUUCUUCGCUCUCG